AUGAGUCUGGCGCCUUUCGAGACUUCAACACCUGGACCUAAAGGUGUGCCUCCAGCUACAGAGAGUCCAUCUGAAAGUAAUCACAGCCAACAUAACAGGCCACCAGCUUUGCACACAACGUCGGGUACUCGCAAGUUCAGACCAAGAACUGAACCUAAAACAUCAGGAGGAACGCCAUUGCAAAGGUUUUUGCCCCGACAGCUACUUGUCAGCUCUCCCUUUGUACAAUCACCAAGUGGGGAGGCAUUUACGGAUGGCAUGAUGUAUUUUCCAUAUUCACCUGCUUCAGUGAGAACCAGUUUUGGCAGUCCAAGAUAUGGAAAACAAGGAAUGAGUCCGCAAAUGGCUCAGAUAGUUGAGAGACAAGGUACUGUAGCAGUUCCAAAUGGAACGCCAGUUGUACCUGGACCCUAUUUUUACUAUGAUUAUGGUUCAGGGCAGUAUAUUCCUCCCGGACAACAGUACUGCCAUCCAUAUAACCGUGCGAUGUCUUCUCCGAACUUGAGACAUCGGAAAGUGCCAUCCAGAAAACUAUUGAGCUCGUUGUCAAAGGUUACGCUAAGCGACGGAAAAUCGGACGCUGAUGAGGAGGAGGAGAAUCUUAAUGAUGACAAGACGGAUCCUAAUCUCAGCAAAGUUUUGGCAAAAGAUGCCGAGGCCGAUUGCACUGACGAAAACAAUGCCGUGAGGGAGUAUCCAGCGUCGCCAUCACCAUUGACAGCUGUACCAGCUGAAAAAGAAGACGAUGGUACAGAGGGUACUUCCGAAGAAUCUCCAGCCAUGGAAAAUCUUGGAGAAAGAACAGUUGUCUUGGAGAAUUUAAGAAGUUCGUUGAAAGCGCCGGACAUUUUAGAUAUCAUUGAGUUUGGUCCUAUUGAGAAUUGCACAUUAACAAAGGAGAAGGGUGGCGAAGACAACAAUAAUGAUCUCACUGCUCGCAUUUCCUUUAUAAGUUCCGGCCCAGCAGGUACGUGCUUUUCUCAGCUUAAAACGAACUUGGAGAAUUUGAAAGGUGUUCUGGAAUCGCCAGAUAUGAAAAUAAAGCUAACAGAAGGCACACCUAUUGAACCUGAGGUGAGGGUUGCCAUCGAAAACUUUGGGGCUACCCGUGCCAUUUGCAUUUCGAACUUGCCGAAGGGCAUUUCUCAGAAGCAACUUUCCGAAAUAUUGGGUAAGUUUGGAGAGGUCGAGACAAUCCAGUACAAGUUGACCAGAAAUUGUGCAUUUGUUCACUUCACCUCAAUAAAGGCUGCAAUUGACUGCAUGGUUAAGUUUUCCACAGCAGCAGUUCCGUCUGCAUUUUCCGAUUCGGCUUUGUGCUACGCUCCAGACAAGAAUGCUUUUGAGGCAGAGCCUCCUAUGGGAUUUGUCGAUACACCAUAUGCUUCUUCAAUUACUGGAUUUCCUACCUAUUCCGAUAAUACAUCUGGGAGCUUUGAUGGCACAUCAUCGUCAAAGUCAUUGUCACCAUCAAGAGUGUUACGUAUGAAAUCAUCAGAUGGAAGAGCAAACUCCAGUGUACGGGAUGCUCGAUUCAUUGAUUCUAGGAGCUCAUUUUCCUUUGGUCCGGAUUCAAUGUACGUGAAUCCAGCAGUAAUUCGUGGAGAGGCAAAUAUACCAAUGAACGGCUUUCAAGGUGCUCCUCUGGGACCAAUGCGGAACUUAGACUCUGGAAACUUUUCAGUUUCAACAAACAUUGGAAACAGAACCAUAUAUCUUGGUAACUUGGACUGCAAGACGACAGAAGAGGAUAUAUGCAAUGCCGUCAGAGGUGGAAUGCUUGAAUCUGUUCAUUUAUUACGGAAUAGGAGAGUCUGCUUCAUUACCUUCAUUAAUUCAGAGGAUGCUGCGGGAUUUAUGGCAAGGUCCCAGUCCUUUGGAUUCUUUGUUCAUUCAAGGUGCUUGCAUGUUGACUGGGGACAUAAUUCGGGUCCUCUUUCAUCUGAAAUAAGAACCGCUGUCCAGGAUGGUGCAUCCAGAAACUUAUAUAUUGGUAUUAUAAGGGAGGAUGAUUCAAAGGAUUUAGAAGAAAAGGCGGUGACGGAUAAGUCCCAGUCGGAUACCAAGCAGAAUGCAAGUGAAGGGUCGGAAAAAUUACACGAUUAUGAGGAUAUUAUACCCAAUGAAGAAAUUCUUCGGAGAGACUUCUCAUUCUUUGGUGGCAUUGAACAAAUAAAUUUCUUUGAAGAUCACCGUUGCGCUUUUGUCAACUUCUUUAACAUUCGCUCUUGCGUCAAGGCCGUCCAUUCAUUCAAUAGUCCUGGAAAAGAGAAGAUUAACAGAUUCUUUAAAGGAAGGUACGAGGAUUUCAAAAUUGCUUAUGGAAAGGACAGAUGUGCCGGACCACCGAAGAAAAAGAAGAAGAAGAAGAAGAAGAAGAGAAGAGGCAACAACGGUGAUAACGACAAUAAACAACAGGGAUACUCUAACCAGCACACAACAUUUAGCAGUCCAAGUCAUUCACAGUUGCGGGAGGCUCUUGGACUCAUGCAGAUACAGUCUAAAAUGCUAGAGGAAAAGGAGAGUAAUGAAACGAACAGCUCCUGGGAACGAUCAAGCAAUGGAACCCCAUUGCUUUCUGGCGAUGAGUCAGAGUUAUCGGGUGAUUCUUCCGCCAGAAAUCGAAGGAAACCCCAGCCGACAAACAAAUCGCAACAUGAUUCGAGGAGGUCCAGCAGGGCCCAUGGCGAUUCCGAAUUUUUGCCUGAUAAUGGAACACCCUAUGUUUUAGGUCCUUAUACAUCUGUUGCAUAUAGCCCUGUCCCGUAUUAUUCAGGUGAUGUAUAUAACAAUGGCAGUGCUGGCCGGCCAGCGAUCCGUAUGAAUAAUAGCUACUCGAUGUCUUCUCCUCAGCUUUUGCAGCAGCCUCAAGGUGGAUACUAUGUUUAUGGCCCCCAGUUGUAUUAUCCUAUGUAUCCUGCUGCAGGUAAUGAUGAUGUUGAGUACACAGAAGAUAGUACAGAGAACGAACGGGAUUCCGAAUCCAAUAAUUCUCAAGAUGAGGAUGAGCGGACAAUACAGGAUGAUAAUAAUGCUUUGGAUGGAAGUGGUAAGAACAAUUAUAAAUAG